AUGUACCUCGCAGGACUCAAUCUUCAACUUACUCAUAAUCAGGGCGUCGAGGGCAUCGUUGUCGCCUCCGUAUGCGCCACCCAGGUCAUCAUCGCUGGCCACGCUCGGUCCAUCAUCAAGGCGGGCAAGAAGGCGGGCAACAUGAAGACCAUGCCCACGAGCCUUCUCGGCCGCCUCAUCACCCCUUUCCAUGCAUCCGUCCAGAUGAUUCCGCCUUUGGUAUACGUCGCCACCGUCGCGUAUAAUCACCUUCAACAACCAGCGUGGAUGGAAGACGUGGCGUUCCCGAUGGAAGCCGACCUAGCGCUGGGAGUGGGCGGCAAGGCCAUGAUCAGAACCUUGGCUUCAUUGGCCCUAGUUCUGUGGACCAGAUACAAUCGCGUCGUGCUUGACCAUCUCGGAGAUGAAUGGCAUUAUAUUGGCAUUCGGGAGAAACCAAAAAAGAUCGUCAACACUGGCCCGUACGCGUAUGUUCGGCAUCCGUUAUACAGCGGCGUACUGUUUCAGCAACUCUUAUACAUCCCAAUGUUCUGGUCGUAUGUUCCCUGCGUCUGCCUGCCGCUUGUCUUCGGCGCGUUGGUAGUUAAGACUUCCAUUGAGGAGAAGUUAAUUGACGAGGAUCCUAUCGCUGGGAACGACUAUUUGGAGUACAAGAAACAAGUACCCUACAAGCUCAUCCCUUACGUGUAUUAG